GUGAGAUCAGUGGAUGUAUGACUUAUAGUGGCCAUGAUAAUGACGUUGCAAAAUAUCUCUCGAAAUGCAUUGUGGGAGCGCAGGUGUUCUCUUAGCAACGGAAACAUGGCCGUCAUGGUAACAGAAAAACUUCGAAGAAAUCGAUGUAAAUCGCAGUUUCAUCCAACAACAAUUCCCAAUAUUGACUGGUAAAAAGUAUUUUAAAAAGGCUAGAAGCGUCACGCAUUUUUUGGUUCAAAGUUUUUGCUUUUGAAAUAAAAGCAAGACUUGUUUAGUCAAGUUUAAAGAAUACACGUCGGAAAACAAGCUGAUACCUUCUGAUACUGACGGAACGAGACUUUAAAAUAUCGUUGUCAUUGGUUAAAAGCAUGAGCCACGCUGAUCCAGGACCUCUUGCUUCAUACAACAGUCUUAUGGAUCCUCAUCUUGGUGGAUUCUUUGCUAAUACGAGAAUGAAAAAACAUCUUGAGAAAUCUGGCCUGGUGACAAAAUCUGGAAAGAUUGUAAGCGAAAAAACGUACAGAUUGCAGAUGGCAAGAAAGGAACACAAAGAUCACGUGAGAGAUCUUCUAGCAACAGCUAUUGUUCACAAAGCAUUGGAUAUGGAGAGAUCACGUCAGCAUGAGCUGCGCAAGAGAUUGGAUGAUAUUUAUAAAGUUGAGUUGGUAAAACGAGUUCGAAAUGAACGUGAGAAAAAAGGAGAUGAAGAUGUAAUGACUUUGCUCACUCCGCGUGAACGAGUUCGUAAGAGAUCAAGCCGACAUCGUCCCCAUGCUCCAUCACAUGUUCUCGUUCCAUCUGAAAUAGGUUAUGAUGAAGAACGAGGAAGACUUUUUUAUAACGUCUUUCCUUCGGAUACGAGUACUGGAGACGAGAUGAACUCGCUGAUAUCUGGUAGUGGAUACAACCAAUAUUAUAAGCCUUACCCACCUGCAACAUAUCCUAUGCCCGCACCUCCGCCAUCGCGUACACCUCGCGAAGGAUCACGGUCUAAAUCUGCUGCGAACGCUUGUCCUAAAAAGAACAAAUUAAAACUUCAUAGGUACACUUAUCUUGCUCGGUCCGAACCUGCUGUUGCUCAUAAAGUUCAGUUACAGUCCAUGGCUGAAGUCACAAUGAAGUUUCUUGGUCCAAAACUUCAUUUAAAAAACGAUGUAUUUUGUGACGAAAGACUUAGCGAAGUUAUGGUAUUACAACAGCAUUGUGGUGGAAGCACAUUGUGUGUGUUUCGUGAACUUCUACCGCCAAACACAAUUUUUACGUUCAUUUCACGACGUCAUCGUGGCUCACCAUUUGGUCUCACAAUGUACGUAGACACUAUACAAGACAUACGUCUCAGCUCUUGUUGUGAAUACAAGCAUAAACCAGGUCAUAUUCUCGGUGGAAAGAAUGGACAUUUUCAUUUUGUAAAUGUCGAGGGAGCUGCACCAUGUUAUCGCUGUCAGAUAGCGUUUUCUGUAAAGCAGCAACGACGGCUGCAGAAUGACAGACAUAAGAAAUCAACCAAUAAUUGCUUGCACGAACGAACGUCUUCUCAAGCGCUGUUGACAUCUACUAAUCAAGAACAAGAGAAAGAUCUAGAUGAAAUGAAUGACGUGGCUGAAAGAUUUGAAGUGACCAUCACUGCAAUGAAUCCACGUGAUGGGGACUCAGCCAUCAUGGUAGAUACGACCACGCAGACGCCACGUGAUAAUGAAGUUGUUGAAAGUAAAGGAAACGAGGACGAUGAGUUGAAAAAUGUCGAGGAAGCCAAAGAGGUAGUUGAGCCUGCUGAGAGUACUAAAGAUUCGGGAAUAAUUCAAGAUGAACAUGCAUACGAUGAGAGUUACGACGAUGACGACUUCGAGGAAGAAGAUUUCGAUGAUGACCUGAUAGACCAGGAAGAAACUUUACGUAAAGCACAACGUGAAAAUGAAGAAGUCGAUAAAAAGGAAACCCAAGCAGAUACAAGAGAGAAAGAUGCAACUGAAGACAAAGACGAAACAGAGCAAGAGCUUCAAAAUGAUUUUCAUGUGGAAGUUGUGGAAGAUGAAGCUCAUGAGAUGUCUGAUGAAGAAAGCCAGAAAAGUGAACAUGAGUUUUCGAGUGAAGAAGACAGCGAUAAAGAAGAGGUUGAACGGAAUGAUAAGGACGAAGAUAAAUUAGGAAGUACUUCAAGCUCCAGUGAUGUCGAGGAGUCUGGGGAUGAGAUAUCUCGUAAUGAUACUAAAAAAGAUGAAGUUGAUUUCCGGAAAAUCUCGGAGUCUGAGCUGCAAAACGUCGUAGAUUCUGAAAAAAAUACAGCGAUGGACGGUUUAGAAAGUGUUAUAAAUAAUGAGGAAAUUGUCAGGUCUUCUAUUGACAAUGGUAAAGCCCAUCAAAAAGAACAGGAUAAAAGCAAGUCUGAUGGCGAUAGUGAAAAUUCUGAUCGCAAUUCUGAAAAUAUGCUUGAUUCUAUAAAAAUUAAAGAGUCUAAAAAACCUUCGUCGAACGAAGUUGAGGUUUUGGAAAAUGAUCAAAGUGGAGAACAACAAAUACCUGAUGAAACUCGUGAGAAAUUCAAUUUUCAGCGCGAUGUUUUUGGUGCGUCAAACUCAAAGCAUGAAUCAGAGAAUGAGGAUAAACUCGACGACAAAUCCAAUGUCAACGAAGAAAAGACGUCGGUCUUAGAAAAAGAAGGAACACCAAACUUUGAAAGCGAGUCGGACAAUGAUUCCAACUCAAAUUCUUUCUCUAGUAUCAGCAAUGAUUCUGAUGAGAAAAAUCCGAAUAUUGUUGAGAAUGAAUCCAAUAGUAGCUCUGAUUCUAAGAUAGACAACAAGGUCCUCCAGGGGUCAAAUGAAGAUGCUGUUGAACGGGAUAUCGUGGGAUCAAUGAGGAGAAACAAUGGUGGUGAGAAACGACCUGGAUCUGCUGGCAGUGGUAUUUUAAGGGGUAGCAAUAAGACUUUGGACAGCAUACUUGAUGAUGAUAGCCGACCAAAGAAGACAGUUUCGUUCAACAAAGAUGUGAAAGUGUAUGCUGGAGAUGUUAUUGACGAGGGAAAUAAUGGCUUGGGAGAACAUGACCGUGAUAAAGACGUAACUGUGGACAGAAGACCAGUAGACAAACUGCAUUUAGCAGAUUUUACUGAAAAAGAGAACUUGAAAGAAGAAGGUCUUGAUGGAGAAGUCGUUUUAAAGGAAGUUGAACGUAGUAGACAGAAAGACGCGGGCGAGAAAAGUCAUACCAUAGACAAUGCCCUGACGGAAGAGGAACAUAAUGAAAAGGGGAACUUGAAUGCAGGAACUCAAAGUGAGGAAAACGUUAUAAAAGAAAAAACAACUGAAGAGGGCAACAUGAAGAAAGGAGAGUCGAGGGAAGAUGUCCAAAGGAAUGGAGGACCGAUUGGAGAGGACACCAUGAAGAAAGAAGGUCAGAAUAGAGAAGAUGUUCUGGAUGAACAUAAGUCUAGCGGAGAGGAAAACGUAAAGGUGGGAAGACCUAUUGGCGUGGGAGACAUGAAGGAAGAUGAUGAUACUGAAGAAGACAUUUUGAAGGCGGAAGAAACUAGUAGCAAUAACAAUUUGAAAGAAGGUCAUGAUCAACGAGAAAGUUCUGUAGAGAAGUAUAUGAAUAGUAAUGAAGAUAAGAAUGGAUUUGAAUCAAAUGACAACAAGCAGGAACAUGAGAAUGGUACGACAGAGCACUCUGCUGCAAUGCUAUUAUCCAUCAACGAUGCCAAUGGUAGUAAUGCUUCAUUAAAUGAGACUGAGCUCACCAAUAUACACAAAGACUUGAAUCAUGACCUGAACCCUGGAAACGACUUUCAUUUCCAUAAAAAUGAGGAAGCCAUAACGGAGCGGGCUUUGAAGACGGUGGGAUUAAAGCCUAGUGUGAAACAUGACGGUUCAAUAAAAGAAUUGAUUAACAGUAACAACGAGAAUGAUUUAGAACUUGCGAAUGUCGCAAUGAAUUAUCAUCAGGUGGAAGAAGUGGCCAAGAUAGUUGAAAAGAAUCCUGAUGUUGCUUCGCUGACUUUACGCAAUGUCUCACUGGGUAAUGAUGGAAUAGAACAGUUGACGGAUGUUUUAAAGUCCUGUUCUUCUAUCAAGAUGUUAAAUCUUAAUGUUAAUAACAUCGGAGAAGAGGGUGCCCGCCAUAUUGCUGAUGUUAUAAGGGAUAACCGGGCCAUCAAGAUCUUACUACUCCAUGGCAACCCAUUGGGUGAUAAAGGGGUUACGUUAAUAGUUGAUGCUAUUCUUGAAAACAAGAUUUCAUCCCUGUCGACGCUCGACGUAGGUGACUGUGGGCUCGCCAAUGAAGGCGCUAGACAAAUAGCGCGAUUGCUUGAUAGCGGUAAUAUCACAGAUUUGAACAUAAGUGCCAAUAAUAUUACUAAUGAUGGUUGGGUUGCGUUUGGAAAAGCAUUGAAAAGUAACAAAAAACUUCGCUCUUUGAGUUUGGACUAUAAUAAAAUUACUAACGAAGAUUUAGCGGUACUUGCUCAGGGAUUCCAACAUUGUACGAGCUUACGUUCUGUGGAUCUUGAAGCUAACCGUAUCGAAGACGAAGGUGCUCUAUUGUUGCUUGAUGUCUUGCGAGAAAACAAGAAUAUUUUGGAUCUAAGAUUAAUGCCGAAGAACUCAAUUAAACCGAGUAUUGUAGAUGAAAUUAAAAGUAUUCUGGAUGAGAGAGUUCAGUCACGUCCAAGCUCGGCUACUUCCGAAGAUGCUGCGACGUGAUUGGGUAAAAUGCGUGAAUAAAGGCGUGAGGAAAACACACAUGUCUGUGAUUUUGGUUUGUGCAUUCUUGUGUGUUUAAUGAUAAACAAUUCGUGUGGUUAGAAUUCCAGAAUAAUUUUUUAUCCUCCAAUGGAGUGUGGUAUCUUGGGAAAGACCAAAGCGCGUGUUUAACCAAUUUUUAUACAUAUUGUAUUAUACAUAUUAUAUUCGUUCAUACACAAAAUAUAUUGUCCAUAUUCAUUUUCAGUUAUGAAUUGUA